AAUGGCUGAGUGCUGUUUAACUUUAGACUCACAUGAUGCUGCUGACCAAGCAAGCAGCAAAAGUACAGCUGUUUCCUCUGAUGGAGGCAGCUCCAGCUCUGCUAAAACUACCAAAAGCAUUUGUGGGUUCCCUCUCCAUGGGGAUGAUCUUCUUCUGCUCCCCCAUCGUCAGCAUCUUCACAGACAUCUUCGGCUGCAGGAUUACUGCAGUAGGUGGCGCUGCUGUCGGCCUGGUCGGCCUCCUGGCCAGCUCCUUCAUCAAGAGCCUUGAUGUGAUGUAUUUCACAUAUGGCAUUGUGUUCGCCUGCGGCUGCUCCUUUGCCUACCAGCCCAGCCUGGUCAUCCUGGGUCACUACUUUAAGAAGCGCCUGGGCCUGGUGAACGGCAUUGUGACGGCCGGCAGCGGCGUCUUCACCGUCACUUUGCCCUUCAUUCUGUCAAAGCUGCUGGAUGAAGUGGGCCUGCAAAACACUCUGCGUGUUUUAUGCAUUCUCAUGUUUGUACUGAUAUUAGCAGGCUUUACUUACAAGCCCCUGCUGCCAACCAAACCCGCCGAGACCCAAACAGGAUUCCGACUGAGUCGGCUCUUCAACAAGAACAUCUGGAAGUCUGUGGGAUACCGUAUUUGGGCCUUCGGAAUACCUGCUGCUCUUUAUGGGUAUUAUGUACCCUAUGUCCAUCUGAUGAAACACGUGCAGGAGCGCUUUGGGCCAACMGUAAACAAGGAGAUCCUGCUGCUGUGCAUCGGCAUCACGUCCUGCCUGGGCAGGUUCAUCUUCGGCAGCGUGGCGGACUUUGUGAAGGGAUCCAACAAAGUGUUCUUGCAGGUCCUUUCGUUCUUUAUCAUCGGCGUCAUGUCCAUGAUGAUCCCGCUGUGCAACAUCUUUGGAGGGCUGAUCGCCGUGUGCCUGCUGAUGGGGCUUUUUGACGGCUGCUUCAUCUGCAUCAUGGCGCCCAUCGCCUUUGAGCUGGUCGGAGCCAAAGAUGUCUCCCAGGCUAUCGGCUUCCUGCUCGGCCUGAUGUCCAUUCCCAUGGUUGCAGGUCCCCCGAUUGCAGGGUUCCUGAGGGACAAACUGGGCAGCUACGACAUGGCCUUCUAUCUGGCAGGCAUCCCCCCGAUCAUUGGGGGGAUCGUGUUGUGUCUUAUACCAUGGGUGGAGGCCAAGAACAGGAGGAAGCAAAAGAAGGAGGSCCUGAGCAAGGAGCAAGAUGUCAGCCAGAAGAUGAUAGAGCUUGAGAAGGCUCAGGAAGAUGCAAAAAACAAAAGAGGAGAUUCUGUCCUCUAAGGCCUUUCCACUGCCGCCUCCCCCAAAACAAACUGAAAGAGACAAUCAUUGGGUCAGCCUGGGGUCAGUGCUGAUCGGCAGUGUUAAAAUGCUGUUCCUUUGUUUGGUUUUUUUAGCCUUCAGUAUGAUGGAAUUCCAAAGCAAUGCAACAUAUCAAAGGUAAAGUGUUUGAACUAAUUUCAAGAUA